CCCGCGCGCAGCCCUCUGGGGCGGCCGGGCCACGACGCGCGCGGAUUGGUGGCGUCCGGGGCUCUCCCUGCAGGUGACUGACGGGGCCGGCAGCCCCUGCGUGUCGCCCGCCCGCCGCCGCCGCCGCCCGCCCGGGGUGUGGAGCCCCGCCGCUACUCGCGGGCUGAGCGUCUGCCGCUGCUGCCGUCGCCGCCCAGCCUCCGCCAUGGACCUGUUUGGGGACCUGCCGGAGCCCGAGCGCUCGCCGCGCCCGGCUGCCGGGAAAGAAGCUCAGAAAGGACCCCUGCUCUUUGAUGACCUCCCUCCGGCCAGCAGUACUGACUCAGGUACAGUCUUCAGGCUCUCCCAGGAUCAGGGGGACCUUUGCUUUUUGAUGAUCUCCCACCCGCUAGCAGUGGCGAUUCAGGUUCUCUUGCCCCGUCAAUAUCCCAGAUGGUAAAGAAUGAAGGGAAAGGAGCAAAGAGAAAAACCUCCGAGGAAGAGAAGAAUGGCAGUGAAGAGCUUGUGGAAAAGAAAGUUUGUAAAGCCUCUUCGGUGAUCUUUGGUCUGAAGGGCUAUGUGGCUGAGCGGAAGGGUGAGAGGGAGGAGAUGCAGGAUGCCCACGUCAUCCUGAACGACAUCACCGAGGAGUGUAGGCCCCCAUCGUCCCUCAUUACUCGGGUUUCAUAUUUUGCUGUUUUUGAUGGACAUGGAGGAAUUCGAGCCUCAAAAUUUGCCGCACAGAAUUUGCAUCAGAACUUAAUCAGAAAAUUUCCUAAAGGAGAUGUAAUCAGUGUAGAGAAAACCGUGAAGAGAUGCCUUUUGGACACUUUCAAGCAUACAGAUGAAGAGUUCCUUAAACAAGCUUCCAGCCAGAAGCCUGCCUGGAAAGAUGGGUCCACUGCCACGUGUGUUCUGGCUGUAGACAACAUUCUUUAUAUUGCCAACCUCGGAGAUAGUCGGGCAAUCUUGUGUCGUUAUAAUGAGGAGAGUCAAAAACAUGCAGCCUUAAGCCUCAGCAAAGAACAUAAUCCAACUCAGUAUGAAGAGCGGAUGAGGAUACAGAAGGCUGGAGGAAACGUCAGGGAUGGGCGUGUUUUGGGUGUGCUAGAGGUGUCUCGCUCCAUUGGGGACGGGCAGUACAAGCGCUGCGGUGUCACGUCUGUGCCCGACAUCAGACGCUGCCAGCUGACCCCCAAUGACAGGUUCAUUUUGUUGGCCUGUGAUGGGCUCUUCAAGGUCUUUACCCCAGAAGAAGCCGUGAACUUCAUCUUGUCCUGUCUCGAGGAUGAGAAGAUCCAGACCCGGGAAGGGAAGUCCGCAGUUGACGCCCGCUACGAAGCAGCCUGCAACAGGCUGGCCAACAAGGCAGUGCAGCGGGGCUCGGCCGACAACGUCACCGUGAUGGUGGUGCGGAUAGGGCACUGAGGGGUGGGUGCGCGGCUAGGAGCACGCAUGGUGUUGACUUAAAAGGUUCAUUUUGUGUGUGUGCACAUUGUGUGUUUUGUGUACUCCUGUGGGACUCCCAUGGUUGUAAAUAAAGGUUUCUUUUUUUUUUUUU